GCUGGCAGUCAAGAUGGAUCACGUAAAAUCGAUCUCUCAUAUUGUGAUUGUGUUCCUUCUGUUAGGGACAAUUGAAGCAUCUGAGCCAAGGUGUUUGUCACGUUUUGACUACGACGAGAAAAUGCUGCUCAAGAUACUGAGAUUUGAAGACGUCCUUGAGAAGUUCGACAGGAAGAUAACCGACAUGAUGAAUACGUUUGAAGAUAACGAAAGAAAAAGGAACAGUGAAACAAAAGAGGCUUUGGACGAAGCAAAAUUAAAAAUGAAGCAGUUAAUGGAUGAAAUAAAACAAAACACUUCAAAUGUGUUAAUGAGCGACUCAAGAAAUCUUCGAACGCAGAUGCAAGAAGUAGAAGCACUGAGGGUUCAGAUGAGAGGAGAAAUUAACAACCUACAAAGCGCUAUUGCAUUGAACAGAAAAGAAAAUGCUGCUAUAGCGUUCACAGCAAGUGGUCCGGUAGAUUCCCCCUUUCGAUUCGGCAGCGUCCUCACCAACAUUGGUGGCCACUAUAAUCAGAGUACAGGGUACUUCACGUGCGCUGUUCCAGGGCUGUACUAUUUCUCUUUCCAUUUGGUGAAGACGCGAUCAAGUUUAAUAGAUAAUUGUGACUGUUAUCUAGGCAAAAAUGGUGGGUCUGUUGGAAUAAGAGCAUACAUAGAUCCGGAAGAUUAUUCGUCUACAACAGGGGGUGCAGACAAUGGUCACACCGGCGUGAGCAACGGGGCGUACCUACAUCUUAACAGAGGGGAUACUGUCCAACCUUUCCAUUGUUCGUCGGCAGACAGAUUCACGAGCCAUUCUACGUUCAGUGGGGUUCUCAUACAGGCUGAUUAA